UUUUUCUCUCUAGCCCUCUCCUUCCUCCUUGCUUGAAUUGGUGCUGGAUCCAAAAGCUGGGCCUCUGCUUUGCUGGCCUUGGGACCUCUCUCCUCUGUUUGCUUCUUUAUACUCUUUUGUCCUCAUACUCAUCAGGAUUUAAGAAAGAGAGAGAGAGAGAGAGAGAGUGAAAGCUCUUAGCUCUCCUUUUCCACAACCCUCUCUUUGCUGCCCCCAUCUCCCCAAAUCAAGCAAUUUCCACCCAGAAGAAGCAAGGAAGAAAGGAAAACCAAAAAAAGAAAAAAAAAAAAGAAAAAAAAAAAGGAAGAAAAGCCAUCUCUCUCUCUCUCUACCUCCCUCUCUCCCUCCAUAUAGCUGUCUUUCUCUGUGUGAUUUGAUGGGUGUCCAGAUCUGAGGCCUGGCCUAUAGAUUGCAGUGAGUUUGGCCACAAACUCCACAAAGAAAGAGAAGAGAAGAGAAGAGAAAGGAAAAGAAGGGCAAGAAUAAGGGAAAAGGGAAGUGGGUUUUGCUUUAGAUUUGGUGAUCAGAAGAUUGAGUUUCUGAAGGAAAAGAGAGAAGAUGAUGGGAUGGUGGUGUUAUCUGAUCCCUCUAUGAUUUGUGGUAAAUUCAUCAAAUCUGAAGUUCAAAGUGAUCCUUGGAAGCACAGCAGCAGCAGAAAUCUUUAGAUGAUUCUAGAAGUGGAGAAAGAUAGCCUCUAUUGGCAUUUUGGAUAGAAGACGCACAUAUAAAUGUCGACCCACAUGGGUAAACAGGGUUGGAUGAGAUGAGGGAUGUUAGUAUUUGCUGCAUUGAUGAACCUCUUCAGGGCCUGCUGGGGCCCAUCAUCACCGUCCGAUCAUCGGUAUGUCCGCAACGGUUCCGAUGCAAUUGGACGGCGGGAUGGCCUUAUGUGGUACAAGGACUACGGUCAGCAUGUGGGCGGGGAGUUCUCGAUUGCGGUUGUGCAGGCCAACAACUUGCUCGAGGAUCAGAGCCAGAUCGAAUCUGGGCCAUUGAGCUCGCUCGAAUCUGGGCCAUUCGGGACAUUUGUGGGGAUCUACGAUGGGCAUGGCGGGCCGGAGACGGCACGAUAUAUUAAUGAUCAUCUCUUUCACCACCUCAAGAGGUUUACAAGUGAGGAACAGGCAAUAUCAGCCGAUGUAAUCAGAAAAGCAUUCCAAGCAACGGAAGAGGGGUUCUUCUCUUUGGUCACAAAACAAUGGCCAAUCAAGCCUCAGAUUGCAGCCGUAGGCUCUUGCUGUCUUGUUGGCAUUAUUUGUGGUGGAUCCCUUUAUGUAGCCAAUGUGGGAGAUUCCCGUGCGGUAUUAGGGAGGCUCGUGAAGGCGACGGGAGAUGUUCUUGCGGUCCAGCUGUCGAUGGAGCAUAAUGCCGCAAUUGAAUCGGUUAGGCAAGAGUUACGGUCAUUACAUCCAGAUGAUUCGCAAAUUGUGGUUUUAAAGCAUAAUGUUUGGAGGGUCAAGGGCUUAAUCCAGGUGUCAAGGUCAAUCGGAGAUGUAUACCUCAAAAAGCCGGAGUACAACAGAGAACCUUUAUAUUCUAAGUUCCGCCUUCGAGAGCCAUUUAAAAAACCAAUUCUUAGUUCUGAACCAUCAAUUUCUGUACAGCAACUUCAGCCAGAGGAUCAAUUUGUCAUAUUCGCUUCUGAUGGGCUCUGGGAGCACCUCAGCAAUCAGGAAGCGGUUGAUAUUGUGCAGAAUCACCCCCGAACUGGGAGUGCUCGGAGACUCAUUAAAGCUGCUCUUCAAGAAGCAGCCAGGAAGAGAGAAAUGAGAUAUUCGGAUUUAAAGAAAAUUGAUCGUGGAGUCCGUCGGCAUUUCCAUGAUGACAUUACUGUCAUUGUUCUAUUCCUUGAUUCAAACUUUGCAGUACACGCCAGCUCAAACAAAGAUUUUUCCUUGUCUCUAAGAGGGGGCGGAGCAACUGUGCCUCCGAACUCUCUCGCGCCGUGCGCGACCCCAACGGAGCUAAGUAAUUCUUGAAGAAGACCAAACCGACUCGGCCGUUUCGCAGGAGAAGUUGUUCCGUGGAUUUUGCAACUUCGAACCGACAGUAUCUUCUUGUGCAGCAAAGUUACCUAGCUCUAAAAGUCUCUAAUGCAUACAUUCAGCACAAGGAUUGCAAAGGAAAGUUUCAGUCCGAAAUUGUGCAAAAAGGGGAAAAGUAGAUCAAAAGUUGCAAAACAAAGAAAACAGCGGAAAUCUUUUCUUUGCAGGAAACCUCUCCACCUAUGUUCUCUUUAAAGUUAAAACUGCAUGCCGCAAUACUUCCUAAAUACGAAUUAUGUCGGGGCCGUAGAAGCAGCAACUUUUUUGCUGUUUCAGUACACUUGGUUCCCUAUCACUCAUCGAGAGAUCAAUUUUCUUUUAUGUUUAGCUUAUCAUAUAUGUAGUGAUGCCCUGCUUUCAACUGUACUACUACUCACGAGAUCAAUUAUUUCCUAGUGUGUUUUUUCUUC